AUGUGGCUGCUCCCACCCCUGCUCCUGCUCAUCGUCCCAGGCUGCUUCUCCAUGUCCGGCCCGGGGUCCGUGAGCGGUCCCCGAGGGGGUUCGGCGACCAUCCAGUGCCGCUACGACCCAGGCUAUGAGAGCUACUCCAAGUGGUGGUGCCGCGGGGAGGCCUGGGGUUCCUGCCACACCCUCCUUAGGACCACGGGGUCCGACCGGAUGGUGAGGAGCGGCCGCAUGUCCAUCCAGGACAACCACCACAGGCGCCUGUUCACCGUGACCAUGGAGGAGCUCCAGGCGAGCGACCAGGACGCCUACUGGUGCGGGAUCGAGAGGCCAGGAACCGACCUGGGCCACCAAGUGCACGUGUACGUUGGUCCAGCUCUACCUGUGAUAACACAAACGGCUGAACUGGAGACAACAGGUAUGACUGAACUGACGUCACCGUACACGGCUGAAUCUGUGACAGAAACCGCAUCGGUCAGUCUGGCGGCCUCGCCUCCCAUCGCCCAGAGCGGCAACAGCAGCAUAGCUCUCACCAGAUCCCUCACCAGGUUCCUGCUCUGCAACCUGCACGUGGUGCUCCUGACUGUCAUCAAGCUGCCCCUGCUUGGGGGCCUGCUGUGUGUCCUGAUGUGGCGGAGCAGGAGCAGGGGGACCCCAAGGGGAAAUAGGUCUGUCUUCGCAGGAGACCACAGUCCCCACACCAUCGAGACCCUCAUCCGGGACUAG